AUGACUUUCCUGCUCGUUUUGCAAAUUCUGCUAUUUUUAAGCUUGGAUAAAUGCCAAGAUUUUCAAGAAAUUGAGCUUGGUAUCAAUAAUGUGAACUUGACCACAGAAGGAAAUCUGAUUGCCAAUUUGUAUCAAGUUAUCCUGAACUCAACAAACGAGCCUCCUGCAAUUCGAGUUUCCGUCGACUCACUAGCUGCAACAAUCAAAUAUCCAUUCACAAUGACAGUUGUUCGUGGAAAAACUGUUCAUAAUGUUGCUCUCCCACGCAUACAAUCUCACCAAGGAAAAGAAUUUCAAUAUUGGUUCGCCUCUGACACACUGUGCGAUGAGGACAGAUCAGCGGAGCAGCUCAGCCAACCUGUCCAAAUAUCAAUUGCAAGUUCUCUUCCAAGUUUGUUCAACUUACGUGUGAAGUCGGUUAACAAUUUUAUUAUUGGAAAUAAAACAUUCAAGUCUAAAGGAAGUCCAUCAGAGCCACGAUAUUACAUGUACACGUUCCCCGAUGACGUGGACAAGGUGGACAUCCGUGUUACUUCACCUAGCGAGAUUUGUGGGAAAAUUGUUGCUCGACGAGUUAAUUGCCCUUUGUUUGACGCAUCCGGCCUUUUGGAGCAAAGCGAAACCUUCUUCUAUCAGUCGUUCACCACGUUUGCUGGUUUUUCGUUGAAAAAAAGUGUCAUCGGCCGGCAAUUUCAUUUAGCUUUCACAGUGCAUCCAGAUGAAACUUUAUGUGGAACACCAGACAACUUUUUUGACAUUCCCAACAAUCCAGCAAGAAUUAAAUUAGCGGUGAUUUCAGUGACUCCAGUGAAAGAUAACCUCUGGCUUCCACUAUUUCCUAUACUGUUAUAUUCAAUCAGUAUGUCCACUGUUAUCAUGUUAACGUACUUGAAAUACAAAUGGCUUGACCGACGCGAAAACAAUGAGCCUAACAUCCUCGAUGGAACGGAUUCAGAGGGAAACGUACUUGUGGAUAAAAUAUGGUUAUUUGAUAAGCCUUCUAUGAUAGUUAGUCAUAAGGAGUAUCAGAAACUGAAGCUUGUGAAGGAUUCCAAGUACUUCAACUUCUUAUUUUUUCAAAUCUUCGGAUCAAUUCUCCCCUCAUUAACAACUCUCUUCGAUAAACAGAAAACUUCAAACAAUCUAAACUUCUGCUAUCUAAACUUUCUCUGCUCUUUGGAAUUUCUCUGUUUCAAAUCCUUCAAUUCAAUGACAAGUGCUAGCAGUCUCGCAGUCAUCGGAGUUUUGAAUUUGAUAAUUGUUUUUCGCGAAAAGAUUUUCUCUUUCAAAAUACCACGACUACCAACCACUCAUGGACUGCAGCAAAGAGACGCUCCAAAAGUGGUUUGUUUUCUGGGAUUGGUUUCAAUGGGUAUUCUAUGGACAAUCACGAAUAAUUGUCCACACAGGACCACUAUUCAUCUUGAUAUGUAUACCAGUUCGUGGAUCUUCUACGCUGCUUUCAUGUGGAUUUACUCGAAAAGACAUGGCGUUCGAAAAUGGCAGCAGUUUUUCAUUAUUGCAGUUUCAUCGAUUUACGGAUGUCUUACUUUGGCGGAAAAUAUGUUUAAUGUAAAUAGUGUCUCAAGAUGGGUUGUGAAAAUAUUGUUCUCUCUCACCGCAAUUUCCUCAACAGUUUACUUUUGCUAUCAGUACUUUUAUGAGAGGCCUUCCGGGCUUCAAGGGAACCAAUGGAUCACACCUCCUUUCGAGAGUCCACAGCUUUAUCUGAGUGAUGCAAAUGGGAUAUACAACCCACUUCGCUCAAAAGUUGUAUUGAUCGUGUUGCUGAUAUGCCUCUCAGUUGUCUGCGCAAUUCUACCUCUGCUGACAUCUGAAAGCGCGAGUAACUCGGCGAUCAUUUGUCUUGGAAGAGGUCAAAUUGGAAUAUACCUAGUUUAUUACGCCGUUCAAAAAUGCCGAUUUGAGAGACAAUCCUUUACUUUGUUCUAUAAAAUCUGCUGUACUCUCAUUUUCAUUGUCUUUAUGUUAAUGGAAUGCCUAAAUCGUUACCUCGCCAAUUUCAUGUUAACCUACAAUGUUUUAUUGACACCUGCCAAAUCCCGUCAGCUCAAUAUGGAUUGUGUUCUCCCGGGAAUUGACUUGAACGACCUGCGGCAUUACAGCUGCGCAGUUGACUGUUUUUUGUUUAUUUGUCUAAUGGAUUUUAUCGAUUCUAAUAUUAAAGACGUUCCUAAAAAGCAUAUUUUUGUAUUUUAG